AUGUCUAUCGCAAACAGAGCAGCCGAGUAUAUGCUUUCAGAUUCUUUGCUUCCAGAUAAUCAUUUAAACAAGAAACGUUUUCGACUGGAAUUACCAACUGAUCGUAUCAUUAAACUGGUUUCUGUUGGAUUGCCGCUUCUUCUUGUCUCGUUAGCUUUUGCUCGAGAAAUUUCUGCUGAACCUCAGGUUAUCUGUUUUCCACCAAAUAAUUUUACUGAAAAACAAGUUCAGUAUGUUGACAAGCAUUGCUGGCAUACAAUGAUACAUCAUGAUUUAAAAUUAAAUGGGACUCCCACGCUAAGAUCAUUAUGGAUACAUAAGGUUUUUCCAUAUAUUCUAAUAGCUAUAGCUGUAGCAAUGUAUAUCCCUGUUGUAUUAUGGAAGUCUAUAUCUGAAUCAUCGCUGAAUUUAGAUCUUGUUUUUAUCAUUGAUGAACUGGACAAAUCAUAUAAUCGAUCAAUAAAGCUUGUCCAAUACUUGUUAAAAACUCACAGAACAUGCCCGGAUCCACAUAUCUUUUGGGAAGAGCUAAGGAGUGCCCGCCAUGUCAGAUACUUUGAAUUUCCGAUGCUGGAGAGAUAUUUAUCUUACAAACAACGUUCAUAUCAUCUUGUAUUCACAUAUCUCCUAAGAAAUAUUCUUUUACUUGUCUUUAUUGCAUUAACCUGUGUCUACCUGGGAAUUUUUCACUUAAGUGUUUUUUUUCAGGAUGAAUUCAACUGUCAUAUAAAAACAGGACCUCUACAAUCAGAAGCAAUGAAGUCAGAAUUAGUUAACUGCAAGAUUGUUUCUUUGUCUAUUUUCCAAUUAAUUAGUGUAGCCAAUGCGGUUGUGUACGUUAUCUUGGUUCCUGUUAUAUUAUAUAAUUUAAGUAAAUUAUUUUACUGGGAUAAACAUUUCCUUAAUGUUUAUGAAAUGCUUCCUGCAUUUGACCUGCUAAGUAACAAAAUGCUUGGCUGUCCUAUAAAUGAUUUAAAUAUUAUCAUUAUGUUUUUACGAGCAAAUAUUUCCCAACUAAAAUCUUUCAGUCGAUUAAGUGUUUUAUGUAAACUUAAAGAUGCCUCAACAAAAACUCAACACAUUGACACGGUAGUGGAUUUUAUGACAUUGCUUAUUGGAAUGGACAUGGAAAAAUCAACCAAUCAGAACACGGCUGCAGGUGAUGCAGAUUUAGAAGGAAACCAACUUCAAUCAACAACACAAAUGUGA